UUAUAUGACAAAUGAAUACUGUCGUAAAACAAAAUUAAGCAAUUAACACUAUGUGUUGUGUAUGUGUGAAUGUUGAUAGUCGCAAUAUGCUCCAGUACUUCCGAGGGUGUCAAAGAGACAUAGUUAAAAGAAAAAUAAGAAAAAUACUAAGGUGCAAACAAAAUACAAGAUACAAAUAUUAAACGUACCAGAAACAGGAUAUAACCAAAUACAAUUUGCUAGACAUAAGUACUUGAGCAAAAUAGGAGAGGAUACAAGGCCUUUCAGUUGCUAAUAAAUUCGACCGAAAACGGAAAACUGGUUUAUGUAUGGUAUGAAAUCACAAGAAAUACAGUUGAUUGAUAAUUCAAUGGAAUAUAUUGAAAUAAAUAAUUCUAUUAUAAGCUCAAUUGCUGAACCAUUAACGGAGUUUAAGCAUCAUAUGAGUAAGAAUGAAAAAAAUUAUUUAUAUAGUGUGUCAUUACAAAGAAUCCUAAAAUACUUAUUUCCAACUAAAAAAUUUCCUGAUGACUUUAACAUCACUACUGAAGUACCAGAUGAAUUUUGGAUACCAUUCGACUCGGUGGUGAGUAAAGCUAUGAAAAUAUCAAAUUUAUUUCCUCCGUCAAGAAAUUUAGAACAAGAACAGUUUGCAGAUGCUAUAACUUUAAUUCGUCAUAAAGUCCGGGAUGAAUUGGAGUAUUUGGGAAAUGAAGAUGAAUGUUUUGAAAAAUAUUACUUCGACUUAAUAAAAUGAAAUAACCCUUUUUUAAAAUUAUUUUUCGAUAAAUAUGCUAACAAAUAAUUGCAAAUAUUUUAAUAUCUAAAAAAAAGUAUUUCAAAUCAAUAUACAUUGUUAUUCAGAUCUAUACUACAACGAUUAUAAAUUUUGACCAAAUUAUCUUUAGUUAAAAUGUUUUUAAAUUAGUAAUCUAAUACAUCUAGUGAGUAUGAAACACGUGUGUGUAUAGCUCAUUCUGGUGUACAUGCACUCUACUCGUGUUAAAUACUCACUCUAUAUGUUAAAAUGAGUAUACAGGUAACUCAAUAAAAAUGUAUUAUUAAAAAAUAAAAUAAAUUUUAAUGAUAAUUUGUUCAUAAGUUAUAAACGUUGUCAGUUAGAUUUGAGAUACUCUUUCUACAAAGAUUAUUUGCAGGAUAAAAAACCAUUUUCAUUUUUUUUGAGGUACAUUAUUUAUAUAUUUUUAUCGAAUAUUAGCUAUUUUAACACUUUUCAAGUUCAUCUCCUAUGUCUUGUAGGUUUUCACAUUAUUUUUUCAAAUGGAAACAUGUAAUUAAAUUUUUUAAUUAAUAAAUAUUAAUAGUUUCCUUUAAAACGUUAGAAUUUUUUUAUUUAACUUAAUUCGUUUAUCAGUUAUA